UGCUUACUCUUUUCUCUCAAGUUCCACAUCGUGGCCGACGCUUGCUCGAUCUCCUUCGUCGGACCAAUGCCUCGAUCCGGUCACCUCCUCUUCGGCUUCUCCCUCCUCCUUCUGUACUCCGCCGCUGCCGCCACCGCCGCAGCAGCAGCAGGAGGCGGAGAUGGGGUGCCGAGAUUCCGGGAGGCCCCGCAGUUCUACAACUCCCCGGGCUGCCCUCCGCCGCUCCCACCCUCCUCCGCCGCGUCCUGCUCGCCGUCGGCGAUGGUCCACGUCGCCAUGACCCUCGACAUCGCCUACCUCCGCGGCUCCAUGGCCGCGAUCCACUCCGUCCUCCAGCACACCUCCUGCCCCCAAUCCAUCCAGUUCCACUUUGUCGCUUCCUCGGCGAUCGAUUACCUCAACACCACCAUCUCCAACUCCUUCCCCUCCCUCUCCUUCCGGAUCUACCCCUUCGACGACUCCCUCGUCUCGGGUCUCAUCUCGACGUCGAUCCGCCAAGCGUUGGAUCGCCCGCUCAACUACGCGCGGUCGUACCUCGCGCGAUUGCUCCCCGACUGCGCCCGCCGCGUGGUAUACCUCGACUCCGACCUCGUCCUCGUCGACGACAUCGCCGCCCUCGCCUCCACCCCGCUCCCCGACGGCAUCGCCCUCGCGGCCCCCGAGUACUGCAACGCGAAUUUUACCUCGUACUUUACCCCUUCUUUUUGGUCCAAUCCUGCGCUCUCCAUGGCAUUCGAAGGGCGAAAAGCGUGCUAUUUCAACACCGGCGUCAUGGUGAUGGAUCUGGAGAAGUGGAGGGAGGAGGCGUACACAGAGAGGAUCGAGGAGUGGAUGGAGCUCCAGAAGCGGAUGCGGAUCUACGAGCUGGGGUCACUGCCGCCGUUCCUGCUGGUGUUUGCGGGUCGGAUCGCGGCGGUGGAGCACCGCUGGAACCAGCACGGCCUCGGAGGGGACAACUACCGGGGUUUGUGCCGGGAUCUCCACCCGGGUCCGGUAAGCCUCCUCCAUUGGAGCGGCAAGGGGAAGCCGUGGGCGAGGCUCGACGCCGGGCGGCCUUGCCCGCUCGAUGCUCUCUGGGCUCCCUACGAUCUCCUCCAGACUCCGUUCUCCAUCGAGGACUCCUGAAGCGGCUCCUCCUACACGACCCGAAUCCGCUCCACUACAUCCGAAUCCGAUAUAUAUAUAUAUAUAUUUUUUAAUUACUUCAAAAGGAAGAGAAUUUUCGGUUAUUUGAAGUGUAUAUGAUGAUAGCCGGAGCCUAGGUCAUAUUCAUGUUAAUUAAUAUUUUAGGAAGCCAAAAUAUAUAAAUGAAAAAGGAGAGAUGUUGUACAUUUGUCAUGAAAAUAUAUUACUACAUCUGGUAUUUUUUUUUUUCUUGCUUUGUUUCUCUUGUUGACAUUUGGUCAGCAAUCAUUUAAUGUUAUGUCAUGCAGCGCAUUUAUACGCUUUUAUAACGAUGUGGGUGUAAA